GCGACGGGCAGCAACACCGCCGCCUCGGGGUCCGCGGCCGCCAUGCAGCGCUCCCUGCACCGCGUGGCCCUCGGGAGCCGGCGCGCCCGCCCCGGCCUGUCCUUCUACCUCGCCACCUUCGGUCAGCUGAAGCUGUCGAUCGAUGCCCGGGACCGGGUUCUGCUGCUCCACAUCAUAGAAGGCAAAGGCCUGAUGAGCAGAGAGCCUGGCAUCUGUGAUCCCUACGUGAAGAUUUCUUUGAUCCCAGAAGAUAAUCGACUACGUCGCCAGAAGACGCAGACGGUCCCAGACUGCAGAGAGCCAGUCUUCCACGAGCACUUCUUUUUUCCUGUCCAAGAGGAAGAUGAACAGAAGCGCCUUCUGCUCACUGUGUGGAAUAGGGCAGGUGACUCCAGGCAGAGUGGACUCAUUGGCUGCAUGAGCUUUGGGGUGAAGUCCCUCCUGACUCCGGACAAGGAAAUCAGUGGCUGGUACUACCUUCUGGGGGAAGACCUGGGCCGGACUAAACACCUGAAGGUGGCCAGGCGGCGGCUGCGGCCCCUGAGAGACCCGCUGCUGAGAACACCAGGAUGUGGGGAUGCUGAGAACGGGGAGAAACUCAAGAUCACCAUCCCGAGGGGGAAGGACGGCUUUGGCUUCACCAUCUGCUGUGACUCUCCGGUUCGAGUCCAGGCAGUGGAUUCUGGAGGUCCAGCGGAGCGGGCAGGGCUGCAGCAGCUGGACACCGUGCUGCAGCUGAACGAGAGGCCCGUGGAGCACUGGAAAUGCGUGGAGCUGGCCCAUGAGAUCCGGAGCUGCCCCAGUGAGAUCAUCCUGCUUGUGUGGCGCAUGGUCCCCCAGGUCAAGCCAGGGCCGGACGGCGGGGUCCUGCGGCGGGCCUCCUGCAAGUCGACACAUGACCUCCAGUCACCCCCCAAUAAGCGGGAGAAGAAUUGCACCCACGGGGCCCAGGCACGGCCCGAGCAGCGCCACAGCUGCCACCUGGUGUGUGACAGCUCAGAUGGGCUGCUGCUCGGCGGCUGGGAACGCUACACCGAGGUGGCCAAGCGUGGGGGCCAGCAUACCCUGCCUGCGCUGUCCCGGGCCACGGCCUCCACGGACCCCAACUACAUCAUCUUGGCCCCAUUGAACCCCGGGAGCCAGCUGCUGCGACCUGUGUACCAAGAGGAUGCCAUCCCCGAAGAAUCAGGUAGUCCCAGUAAAGGGAAGUCCUACACGGGCCUGGGGAAGAAGUCCCGGCUGAUGAAAACAGUGCAGACCAUGAAGGGCCACGGGAACUACCAGAACUGCCCGGUCAUGAGGCCGCAUGCCCCACACUCAAGCUAUGGCACCUACGUCACCCUGGCCCCCAAAGUCCUCGUGUUUCCAGUCUUUGUUCAGCCUUUAGAUCUCUGUAACCCUGCCCGGACACUCCUGUUGUCUGAGGAGCUGCUGCUGUACGAGGGGAGGAACAAGGCUGUGGAGGUGACGCUGUUUGCCUACUCGGACCUGCUGCUCUUCACCAAGGAAGAUGAGCCGGGACGCUGCAACGUCCUGAGGAACCCCCUCUACCUCCAGAGCGUGAAGCUGCAGGAAGGUUCUUCAGAAGACCUGAAAUUCUGUGUGCUGUACCUAGCAGAGAAGGCAGAGUGCUUAUUCACUUUGGAAGCGCACUCGCAGGAGCAGAAGAAGAGAGUGUGCUGGUGCCUGUCGGAGAACAUCGCCAAGCAGCAACAGCUGGCCGCUUCGCCCCUGGAGAGCAAGAUGUUUGAGCCAGAGGCAGAUGAGAAGCGAGAGAUGCCCUUGGAGGAGGGGAAGGGGCUGGGUGCCGAGGACCCCCCGCCCAGCAAGGACCCCUCUCCUGGCCAGGAGCCUCCUUCAGGACAAGACGUACCCCCCAACAAGGACUCCUCUUCCGGUGAAGAGCCUUCUCCUGGCCAAGAAUCACUGUCCAGCAAAGACUCACCUUCCUGCAAGGAACCUCCUCCAGGCCAGGGGGCCUCGCCAAGCAAGGACUCCCCACCAUGCCAGGAACCCCCCGCAGCCCCGGCCCUCCCUCCCUGCCAGGACCUUCCUGCUGGGCAAGAGCCCCCUCCCAGCCAAGACCUCCCCGUCACCCAGGAUGCCUCUGCUCAGGAGCUUGCACCCAGUCAAGAUGUGCCCCCCAGCCAGGUCCCCCCACCGGCUGAGGAGACCGCAAGCUCUGGGGACCCACCAGCAGCCUCCGGGGACCCGCCUGUGGCCCCCAGGCCAACCUUCGUGAUCCCCGAGGUCCGGCUGGACAGCGCCUACAGCCAGAAGGCCGGGGCGGAGGGGGGCAGCCCGGCCGAGGAGGAGGAGGACGCCGAGGAGGCUGAGGAGGGGGACGAGGGGGAUGAGGAGGAGGAGGAGGAGGACGACACAAGUGAUGACAACUACGGAGAGCGCCGCGAGGCCAAGCGCAGCAGCAUGAUCGAGGGCGGCCAGGCCGAGGGCGGCCUCUCCCUGCGGGUGCAGAACUCCCUGCGGCGCCGGACGCACAGCGAGGGCAGCCUCCUGCAGGAAGCCCGCGGGCCCUGCUUCGCCUCCGACACCACCUUGCACUGCUCGGACGGGGAGGGCGCCGCGGCCACCUGGGCCAUGCCUUCGCCCCGCACCCUCAAGAAGGAGCUGGGCCGCAACGGUGGCUCCAUGCACCACCUCUCCCUCUUUUUCACAGGACACAGGAAGAUGAGCGGGGCUGACACAGUUGGGGAUGAUGAUGAAGCCUCUCGGAAGAGAAAGAGCAAAAACCUGGCCAAGGACAUGAAGAACAAGCUGGGCAUCUUCAGGCGGAGGAACGAGUCUCCCGGGGCCCAGCCCGCGGGCAAGGCAGACAAAAUGGUCAAGUCAUUCAAGCCCACCUCAGAGGAAGCCCUCAAGUGGGGCGAGUCCUUGGAGAAGCUGCUGCUUCACAAAUAUGGGUUAGCCGUGUUCCAGGCCUUCCUUCGCACCGAGUUUAGUGAGGAGAACCUGGAGUUCUGGCUGGCGUGUGAGGACUUCAAGAAGGUCAAGUCACAGUCCAAGAUGGCGGCCAAGGCCAAGAAGAUCUUCGCCGAGUACAUCGCCAUCCAGGCGUGCAAGGAGGUAAACCUGGACUCCUACACCCGAGAGCACACCAAGGACAACCUGCAGAGUGUCACCCGGGGCUGCUUCGAUCUGGCGCAGAAGCGCAUCUUCGGGCUCAUGGAAAAAGACUCGUAUCCACGCUUCCUCCGCUCUGACCUCUACCUGGACCUCAUUAACCAGAAGAAGAUGAGUCCCCCACUUUAGGGGCUGCCAGGGUCGAGCCCCGUGUUCACACCAGGCGGGCUGGGCCCCCUUCCCACCUGCCUCUCUCCCUCUGCGACGGAGGGGGCAAGCAAGCCCCCGGAGGCUGUGUCUCCGGAUGGACAGACGGACAUUCGGAUGAGAGGCCUGGACCGAGAGAGGCCCAGGCCAUCGGAGGAGCAGAAGGACUGGCCCCGUUGGGUCCCCACUGCCCCGGUACGAGGGGGCCCGAGGGCCCCGGCAGGUCAGGGGCCCUGGCUGAGCCAGACCUGGAGCUGCUGCUCUGUGCUGCGUAGACUCAGCAUUGACCAAGUUCCUUAAAGAACUGGCUGAUGGGGCAGGGGGCCUGGCUGUGGGCUCCAGGGAUCUCCCGGGGGAGGCCACUGGGGCUCGCCACUCCGACCCCGCCUUGAGUUUUAUUUAUUUAAAUAGUAGUCGGAUGCUUGGCACGUCGUCCUGUUAUAGGAAAUUUUUGCCUCAUCGGUUUUCCUAAUUUACAAGUGCAAUAUUUUAACCAACGCCUUGUGAAAAGCCACCUCGCCGAGAAGGUGGACACCACUUUCCAGUUUCAGGGGAGUUGCUGGUCCCAGGCACCAGCGGUGGGCAGCUGGGCCUUCUGGACUCAUGCGGCCUGGUGGGGGUGGGUGCUUCCGUGGGAGCUCGCACAGAGAUCCAGCACCCCCCUCCCCCGCCCACCGAGGGAAGUGCCCCUCAGGGGCUCUGGGAAAGCAUGGCACCCUUGGACCACACAGCAGCCAAGUUCUGGAGCAAAUAAAAGGCCUGUGUUAUUUCUC